CCCCCCUCUCCCAGCAUCAGCUCCACAACUGGGAAAACAAGGAAAAUAACUUUACAGACGGAUCGACAACACUCUAGCCAUCAUGGACACACCUUUUUGAGUUUGGAAAGGAUGUUUAUACUGCAACCUAACAGGAUCCAGCUGUUUUACAGAGAGCACUGGUGAGAGAUCAUACGUCAGUAUCAUCCAGAAUGUCUCUGAUGUUUGGGAAAGCAAGAACGUGCAACAUCGUAACAGUUCCUGAGCAUGAACCUUCAGAAUGUAACAUUGUGAUUUUGGGGGCUUUGGGUUCUGGAAAGUCAGCUCUUACUGUCAAGUUCCUCACAAAGAGAUUCAUCAGUGAAUAUGAUCCAAAUCUUGAAGACACGUAUUCCUCUGAAGAAGUGGUUGACCAACAGCCGGUUCUGGUGAAAGUGAUGGACACUGCUGAUCAGGAUGGACCGGUCAACUGUGAGCGUUAUUUAGGUUGGGCCAGUGCCUUCUUUAUCGUCUACAGCAUUGACAAUCGGAGCAGUUUUGAGAUCUGCCAGCAGUACAUGGAGACGGUGACUCUUUACACGAAAGGCCUGCAGCCCGAGGCACAGGUGAUUCUUCUGGGAAACAAACUGGACAUGGAGAGAUACAGAAAGGUGAGCAGGUCAGAUGGUGCGGCCCUGGCCUCGCGGUUCGGCUGUCUGUUCUUUGAAGUUUCUGCGUGCUCGGACUUUCUGUCGGUGCAGAGCAUCUUUCACGAGGCCGUACGGGAGGUGAGACGGGAGGCGGAGAGGAGCAUCCGUCCGCUCUUCAUCAGCGAGGACAAGGCCACCGUCAGUCUGUCCUCCGCCUGUUAUAAAGAGCUCCCCGCCCCGGCCACGGCCAAACUGGUGACGGUGAAGUCUUCAAGAGCUCAGAGCAAACGCAGAGCUCCCACGCUGACCCUUCUCAAGGGCUUCAAGAUCUUCUGACCCUGCU